AUGGGGUGUUUGGGCAACAGCAGCAAGACAGCGGAAGACCAGGGCGUGGAUGAAAAAGAACGCCGUGAGGCCAACAAAAAGAUCGAGAAGCAGUUGCAGAAAGAGCGCCUGGCUUACAAAGCGACUCAUCGCCUGCUGCUUCUGGGGGCUGGUGAGUCCGGGAAAAGCACCAUCGUCAAACAGAUGAGGAUCCUGCAUGUCAAUGGCUUCAACCCCGAGGAAAAGAAGCAGAAAAUUCUGGACAUCAGGAAAAAUGUCAAAGAUGCUAUCGUGACAAUCGUUUCAGCAAUGAGUACUAUAAUACCUCCAGUCCCACUGGCCAAUCCUGAAAACCAGUUUCGGUCCGAUUACAUCAAGAGCAUAGCCCCUAUCACUGACUUCGAAUAUUCCCAGGAGUUCUUUGAUCACGUGAAGAAGCUGUGGGAUGAUGAGGGGGUGAAGGCCUGCUUUGAGAGAUCCAACGAGUACCAGCUGAUCGACUGUGCACAAUACUUCCUGGAGAGGAUUGACAGUGUCAGUCUGGUUGAUUACACACCCACAGACCAGGACCUCCUCAGAUGCAGAGUGCUGACAUCAGGAAUUUUUGAGACACGAUUCCAAGUGGACAAAGUGAACUUUCAUAUGUUUGACGUUGGUGGCCAGAGGGAUGAGAGAAGAAAAUGGAUCCAGUGCUUUAAUGAUGUCACCGCCAUCAUUUAUGUGGCAGCCUGCAGUAGCUACAACAUGGUGAUCCGGGAGGAUAACAACACCAACAGACUGAGAGAGUCACUGGACCUGUUUGAGAGCAUCUGGAAUAACAGGUGGGGGGAGACCAUUUCUAUCAUCUUGUUCUUGAACAAACAAGAUAUGCUGGCAGAGAAGGUCUUGGCAGGGAAAUCAAAAAUCGAAGAUUACUUCCCAGAGUAUGCCAAUUAUACUGUCCCUGAAGAUGCAACACCAGAUGCGGGAGAAGACCCCAAAGUUACGAGAGCCAAGUUCUUUAUCCGAGAUCUGUUUUUGAGGAUCAGCACAGCCACAGGCGAUGGCAAACAUUACUGCUACCCCCACUUCACCUGCGCCGUGGACACAGAGAACAUCCGCAGAGUGUUCAACGACUGUCGUGACAUCAUCCAGAGGAUGCACCUCAAGCAGUACGAACUCUUGUGAGGGCCGCCUCUCCUCCCUCUUGGUACCCUACGAGGCAGUGUAUCUCCCUAGCCUGCGUGUCUGUCCACCCCGAGCCAUGGUAGGGCGUAGUGAGUGUUUAGUGGCACCAGGCUGCCAUCUGUCCUGUCCUAGGUAUGCCUACAUAUGACCACCAAGCCUCUGGCUACCUCUGUCCCCCAGGGUUUGGUUUCUGUAGCUUUUGUUUUUCACUGGAUUAAACAUCCCCCACUACCAAUUUGUAUCACGGCAAAGCCACCAACUCUCAUGUGGGUGAUACUGCAGUGAAGUGUCUCUGAGUGGGAACCUGUUUAUUUUUUUGAUUGAACAGGUCAUGGGCUGACUUGUCAAAGACAAGCAUGGUAAAUAAGGGAAAUACAUUGUUUCAAGUUAUCAAGCAUGAUCACAAAACUGUGGACAGUGCCAUGCACUGCCGCUCUUUCUGGUUUUCCCUUUAUGAAACAUCAGGCUAAAGCGGGUAGCUGCCUGUUCUUGAUCUGCAUUGACCCAAGGCUUAGAGUAGACCCAAGCCAGCAACAGAGAAAGAGGAACUCUUUUCGGCCACAGUUGCAGUGGCUGUAAGCCUCAGGCAUUUUGAGUGCUUCUUAGAGCCUUUUACAUUUAGGCAGAAAACCUAUCAUAUUCACUACUGCAAAUUGUGUCCUGUCUAUACACAAGGUGUCCCGACACCUCUGUGACAGCUGGACAUGGUCUUUCCUAGCUUCUUUUUGUUGUUGCUUUACUAGACUGUACAGGCCACAAAAUGUAAUACUCUUUUAUAUGACUACUAACAAAACCUCCUUGUAGAGUUCUGUGCCUUGGCGAUGGCCACCCCUGUAAGGGGUUAUGUCCCAGUGUGCCAGGCAGCUUGCAGUCCACCCAGCCUGCUGGGUACUUCACAGUGGGGAGUCGGUGGAAUUUGUUCAUCUUAGGAUAUUUUUAUCAGGUUGGUAUUUAUUUAAGAUCAUUGAUUUCCCAAAUCAUCCACUUUACCAGCCAUGCCAUCCCCACACUGGAACUGUCACAGUCACCUGCUUUUACUGUUCUGAACCUCAGCUGCUGCAAACGCUGGGACAACCAAGGCAUAAAUUACAAUCCACUCUUUUUCUUUCGGGUACCAAGAGUUUUCUUUUCCCCACUCCAAGAUGAAAUGUUUCUGAUGACUCCUUCAGGUUCCCUGGACAGGAGCAGACCUACCAUCCCAUAGUUAAGUUCUACACACAGUCCCUACACACCUGAGGAAAGCAAGGUAGUGUCAAUGUUGUAAAGGAAUGAGGACAAUAAGGACUGAAUCAUCGGAAAAUAAAAUCCCACAAAGCUACUUAUUAUCUUAUUUAUCUGCAUUGCUAGGGAUGAGCCCAGCACCACUACAUGCUAGGCAAGCACUCUACCGUUAAUCCUUAUCCACAGCCAUAAUCCCAGCCUCACAAAAAAUAUAUGGCUGUUCCUCACAUGUGCAAGAUCUGCAAUGCAACCCCCGAGUUACAGUAGAACACCUAGAAAAUAACACUUGCUGCAUCAGUGCACUGCUCAUUCUGUGUACAGCCAAAGCUUUGUGGAUACUUCUCUUAGGCUUAGAGUUACCCGUAAAGAUGUCCAAAGUUAAAUUUUCAUCAGUAGGAACACAGAGGAGUGACAGCCUGCAUUACUUGCUCAUCUACUUCUUAUUGUUUUGAGUUUGUCCAAUAGAGGUCGGCACUGUGUAAUGUUUUAUAAAUUCAUCCUGGCUGAGAUGCUCUUCCGUGGAAGGAUGGCAGCCUCUGCCAGGACAGCACAUCCCUUGGUUCAUCAACACUGUCUCCUUGUACCAUUCUCCACCAUUGCACAAAACUUCCAUGUGAACCCACCCAUGAAAGUGACUCAGUUCCCCCUGCCCUUUCAAAGCAAGAAAAACUUACACAAAGGGAAGCUUUAUACUACUGUCUGCAUUAUUACUCAACAGGUCCCUGUUACUAAAGGACUGUUUGAAAGUUUUGCAGGGGCUGAAUAUACAGCCCUGAUGGAGCACACCUGAGCUCAAUCAGAACAAAGGAAAUAUAAAUAUUAAAAUUGGAUCAUUAAAAAAGAUCCAGACUCCUUUGGGGAAAAAUAUUUUAUCUGACAAAA